GUUUCCGUGGUCACAGAGAGUUUGUCACACACGUAAGGUUCCCCCGGAGCUGUUGUUACACAGAGCGAGGAUCAAACAGGCAUGCAGCAAACAGAAAAAACAAGCAACCUGGGCGUUUAUGAAAAAGAAAUGUCUGAAGCUGCUGCUGGUGAAGCCGACGGGUCUGUCAACUUAGUGUUCCCAGAAUUAAACAUUGAGAAUUCAGAAUUGCAUAACAGUUCAAAGCUCCUAAAGGCAGAGUUUGAACUCAGCUUGCGGAAGAAGUUCGCCUUUGCAAGGAAAAAGGCUUUUGCCACCUUUGUCAGCUCAAAGGAAGUCACCCCAACGAACAAUAAGAGCACACAUUGGGAGUGCUGUGGCCAGACGUUUCAGGAGCCCGUUUAUAUACACAAGCAUGUCGCCAGGGCUCACGAGAAGGAAAUCCUUCCUCAUACUGAAGCCAUUCUCAGGUUUCUGGAGAGCAGAGAGAAGGAGGAAAAACAGCAGGCUUCAACAGGCAGACCUGGAGAGCAGAACGGAGCUGGAGGGACAACAGGCCAAGAGAAUGACGGUUCACACUUGUUGCCAGACACCAGCCACAUCAACUUCGAUCAGUUAGACAAAGAGCCCGGUGAAGUGCUGCUGUAUUACUGCUACUGUGAGAUAGAGGACACUCACUCCGUCUGUGCAUGGCAGAGGGCUCUGUGUCAGCUGCUGCGUCUCACUGGCAAGGUGCGAAUCUCCAAUGAAGGGAUAAAUGGAACAGUAGGGGGCAGCAAAACAGCGACUGGGCUCUAUAUUGAGGCAAUGCUUUCUCAUCCGUUGUUUAAAGCCAUGUGCAAAGAGGACUUUAAGAGCAGCGAUGGAGGGUCCUACUGCUUUCCUGAGCUGCGGGUUGGAGUCUAUAAAGAGAUAGUUCCCAUGGGAGUGGACCCAGACAAGCUCUCCUACAAGCUGGCAGGAAUCCACUUAGAGCCAGAUGAUUUUCACAAAGAAGUUGAAAAGUUUUUAUCUGAGGACAGUCUGGCCCUCAAAGACACUAUCCUGCUGGACUGCAGGAAUUUCUAUGAGAGCAAAAUAGGUCAGUUUAAAAACUGCCUGGCUCCAGACAUUCGCAAGUUCAGCUACUUUCCAGACUACGUGGAUACAAAUCUAGAGCUUUUUAAGGGGAAGAAGGUCUUGAUGUACUGCACUGGAGGUAUUCGCUGCGAGAGAGGCUCGGCAUACCUCCUAUCAAAGAAAAUAUGUAAGGAAGUGUAUCAGCUGAAAGGAGGAAUUCACAAAUACCUAGAGCAGUUCCCAGACGGGUUCUAUCGGGGAAAACUGUUUGUCUUUGAUGAACGAUACACCAUUGCUUCUAACAACGAUGUCAUCUCAGAAUGCAGGUACUGUUGCACACCGUGGGACCAAUACAGACUGUGUACAACUCAGAACUGUUGCCAGCUGGUCCUGUCUUGUUCACAGUGUCGAGAGAAAGGGCACACUGCUUGCUGUACCGUCUGCCAGGAGAAAGGACAAAGGUUGACCGAUAACGGUGUGCCAGCCCCUGUCGUGGGAAAGGAGGAGUGCGAGUGCACAGACACGAGGCUGCGCGUGCCCCUCGACACCCUCUGAUACACCUGCCCUGCACAGACACGAGGCUGCGCGUGCCCCUCGACACCCUCUGAUACACCUGCCCUGCACAGACACAAGGCUGCGCGUGCCCCUCGACACCCUCAGAUACACCUACCCUGCACAGACACGAGGCUGGGCGUGCCCCUCGACACCCUCUGACACACCUGCCCUGCACAGACACGAGGCUGCGUCUGCCUAUCGACACCCUCCGAUACACCUGCCCUGCACAGGCACGAGGCUGCGCAUGCCCCUCAACACCCUCUGACACACCUGCCCUGCACGUUCUUCAUUCUGGAGAUUAUAGUGGAACCCAAGACUAGUUCUACACCCCUCUUUCUGGUGGUGCUUGGGGUCAUAGGUCAUGGUGCUGCAGUUUCAUCAGCUCCCCAGUUUGUCAAACACGUGUUCAACACAGGCUUGUAUGGACUUUUUAAAACUAGACCAGUCCUUGAUACAGUGUGAUUUAAAUGCUGAUGCCAGCAUCAAACCAACUUAUUAAAUAACUGCUAUUGUUUAGCAAAUAGUUUGUUAUAAGUCAAUAUUGAACCUUUUUUUAAUUAAUGGUCACAACUGUGACAUUGCAUUAUUGUUGGCUAAAUGUUUGUGAUUAAAUCUUUAUAACCUAUAGUAACCGACAAAAAUAACAGCGUAUAUCCAGAAUCUUUUAAUUUGACCAUUUUUUUUAAAACACAAUUUUUCAGAUUUUAAAAUGUAAAAUCUUAAAUAAAUCUUUACUGAUUUUC